UCAGAGACCUCCUUUCCAAACUUAACGACACCUCCUCGAGCGUACCUCCCGUCACUUACAUAGUUUCUGAUUGUACCAUGACCUUUACAGUCGCAGCUGCAGAAGAACUAGGCAUCCCUGUAGUUAUUUUCUGGCCAACCAGUGCUUGUGCCUCAAUGGCCGUCCUGCAAUUCCGCAAUCUCAUCGACAAGGGCUUUACCCCUCUCAAAGAUUCUACUUACCUAAUAAAUGGGUAUUUGGAUACAGUCAUAGACUGGAUCCCUGGAAUGAAAGGUGUUUGUUUGAAGGAUCUUCCAAGUUUUAUUAGAACCACGGACCUGAAUGAUAUUGUCAUGAAAUUUUUCUUGAAUGAAGCUGAGAGAUCUAAAAGGGUUUCGGCGAUUAUGCUGAAUACGUAUGAAGUAUUGGAGCAUGAUGUUAUCGAUGCACUUUCAUCCAUUCUUCCCCCAAUUUAUACUGUUGGACCUUUGCAUUUGCUCGAAAAUCAAAUUAAUGAUAACGAACUGAAGUUGCUUGGAUCAAAUCUUUGGAAAGAAAGGUCAGAGUGUCUUGAAUGGCUCGACUUGAAAGAACCUAAGUCUGUUGUUUAUGUUAAUUUUGGAAGCAUCACUAUCAUGACACCCAAACAACUUGUUGAGUUUGCUUGGGGAUUAGCUAAUAGCAAUCAAAUCUUUUUGUGGGUAGUAAGGCCUGAUCUUCUUAUUGGUGAUUCAGCUGUUCUUCCACCUGAAUUUGCGGCAGAGACAAAAGAUAGAGGCCUAUUAGCAGGUUGGUGUCCUCAAGAAAAAGUUAUUUGUCACCCUUCCAUUGGCGGAUUUUUUAACUCACAAUGGGUGGAAUUCCACACUUGAAAGUUUAAGUGCUGGAGUGCCAAUGAUCUGUUGGCCAUUUUUCGCGGAUCAACAGACCAUUUGUUGGUCUUGCUGCACUCAAUGGGGCGUUGGCUUGGAGAUAGACAACGAUGUUAAGAGAAAUGAAAUUGCGAGCCUUGUGAGAGAGUUGAUGGUUGGAGAGAGAGGCAAUGACAUGAAGAAGAAGGCGUUGGAUUGGAAGCAAAGAGCCGAAGAAGCCACUAGAGGUUCAGCUGGAUCAUCCUACAUGAAUCUGGAGAAAAUGAUCAACCAAGUGCUUCUCUCCCAGAAACAACAUACGCCAUAAGACACAAUGCAAUCCAAAAGAUUAUGCUGCAAAACAAUGAUUUUGAUUUCACAGAAUAAUGUUCCUUAUGUGAGUUAUGUCCCUCUAAACAAAAUGUAAGAAUUGCAUGUCUGAGCAGAAUAUUAUAGUUUAAAAUCUUUGAGCCUGUCUGGCUGCCUCAAUUUUGCAAUUGUACAGAUGAUAAAACAUUUAGUGCUAUGAAAUGGAGGAGCUUCAGACAGCAACACCCACCACAGAGCAAAG